GCAAAUGAAGUAGGCGUGUCCGACCGGGAGCAUCUGAUCUCAUUCACGUAGCAGGCUGGCUAGCAGCUGGAAACUGUAGUGCUCAGCAGCCCAACGGUGUCACAUUGUGCUCUAUACAUUCAAGUCUUCCACAUAAAAUCUCGGAUUCAUACGAAGGCCAGUAACUCGGUACAGAAGCAGCCAACAUGGCAGAAGCUCACCAGGCAGUGGCUUUUCAGUUCACUGUCACCCCGGAUGGCAUCGAUCUGCAGCUGUGCCACGAGGCUUUGCGCCAAAUCUACCUCUCUGGCCUUCACUCAUGGAAGAAAAGAUUCAUUCGCUUCAAGAAUGGAGUUAUGACUGGUGUGUACCCAGGCAGCCCUGCUGGCUUCAUGGUUGUAGUCGUUUCGUACAUGUCGUACAAUAAAUACAAACAGCUGGAUCCAUCUCUUGGCUUGAUUGCCAAACUCGGACAACACAUGCCUAUUAGUAAAUAUAUGUCUACAGACACUCAGAAGAUUGUUGGUGGAGUCUUGGUGGGCACGGGUCUUUGGGUGACCAUAAUCAUGAUCAUGAGGAAUGUUCUCAAGUGCCUUUUGUCAUGGCAUGGCUGGAUGUAUGCACGCCAUGGCUCCGUAUCCUGGUCAACUCGAUUGUGGAUGUUGUUGGUUAAGGUGUUCUCUGGAAGGAAACCAAUGCUCUAUAGUUUCCAGAACUCCCUGCCACGGCUACCUGUUCCAGCUGUAAAGGAUACCUGCAGAAGGUAUCUAGAGUCGGUCCGCCCACUAAUGAAUGAUGCACAGUUUAAGCGGAUGAAUGGACUUGCUCGAGACUUUGAGCUGAAUCUGGGUCCUAGACUGCAAUGGUACCUAAAACUGAAGUCGUGGUGGGCCUCCAAUUAUGUCAGUGAUUGGUGGGAAGAGUAUAUCUACCUUAGAGGUCGAGGACCCAUCAUGGUUAACAGCAACUACUAUGCUAUGGACUUCCUUUAUGUAUUCCCCACCUCACUUCAGGCUGCCAGAGCAGGUAAUGCCAUUCAUGCUAUCAUGCUCUACAGGAGGAAGCUUGACCGAGCCCAGAUCAAACCAAUAUACUUGCUGGCAAACAAGGUUCCUCUGUGUUCGGCUCAGUGGGAGCGGAUGUUUAACACUACCCGCAUCCCAGGUUUGGAGACAGAUAUCCUUCAGCACACAAAUGAGAGCAAACACAUAGCCGUGUACCACAAAGGCCGAUUCUUCAAGGUGUGGAUGUUUUACGAUGGCCGACUUCUGUUGCCGCGGGAGAUCGAACAGCAAAUGGAGAGGAUCCUGGCUGACAAGUCUGAACCCAUGCCAGGAGAGGAAAAGCUUGCUGCACUUACUGCAGGCGACAGGACUCCAUGGGCAAAGUGCCGCAACACCUACUUCAGCCGUGGCAAGAACAAGCAGUCCCUUGACGCCAUUGAAAAGGCAGCCUUCUUUGUGACUCUGGAUGAAACAGAGCAGCGGUUUGAAGAAAGCAAUCCAGUAAAGUCUCUGGACAGUUAUGCAAAGUCUUUGCUUCAUGGAAAGUGCUAUGACAGGUGGUUUGAUAAAUCCUUUAACCUGAUAGUUUUUAAAAACGGCACCAUGGGUCUGAAUGCUGAGCACUCUUGGGCCGACGCUCCAAUCAUUGGUCAUCUGUGGGAGCACGUGCUCUCCAUGGACCCUUUUAAGCUUGGCUAUACUGAAGAUGAGCACUGUUGUGGGGAGCCACAUCCCAACCUGCCCACCCCCCAAAGACUCCAGUGGGAUAUUACUGAUGAGUGCCAAGGGAUCAUCGACUACUCUCUGACAGUUGCUAGGACUCUGGCUGAUGAUGUGGACAGCCACAUUUUCCCUUUCAAUGAUUUUGGCAAGGGUCUCAUCAAGAAGUGCCGCACCAGUCCCGAUGCCUUCAUCCAGAUUGCCCUGCAGUUGGCUCAUUACAGGGACAAAGGCAAGUUCUGUCUGACCUACGAAGCCUCCAUGACCCGCUUGUUCCGUGAAGGCCGAACUGAAACUGUCCGUUCCUGCACCACAGAGACAUGCGCCUUCGUUCAUUCCAUGAUCAAAAAUGAGCCCAGAAAAGAAUGCCUGAAGUUGCUCAAACUGGCAGCAGAGAAACACCAAAACAUGUACCGCCUGGCUAUGACUGGCAUGGGUAUUGAUCGCCACCUCUUCUGUCUUUACGUGGUUUCCAAAUACCUGGGAGAGGACUCACCCUUCCUCAAGGAGGUCCUAUCUGAGCCUUGGAGACUCUCCACCAGUCAGACGCCGCUGCAACAGGUGGAGCUGUUUGACUUGGUCAGACACCCAGAGUAUGUGUCGUCUGGAGGCGGCUUUGGACCAGUGGCUGACGAUGGUUAUGGUGUGUCUUAUAUCAUCGUUGGAGAAAACCUGAUCAACUUUCACAUCUCCAGCAAACACUCCAGCCCAGAAACUGACUCGCACCGCUUUGGUGGUAACAUCAGGCAAGCCAUGGUGGAUAUCCUCAACCUCUUCCAGCUUGUGAACGAAACUUCCAAGUAAAGGGCUUUCUCCGGUCGAUCUAAGGACGUGGAUUCUUCCUGAAGCUGUACAGAAUCAAAUAUAGGCUUGGGUAAUUUUAAUGCAUCUUGCAACAUAUUUGAGAUGCAUUUACAAACCUGGCUUUUGUUUUAUUUGUGAGGUGUUAAUAUGGACUGUAUAUGUGUGGAAUAUUGUGGAUUCUAAUGGCGUUUGCAACAGGUAGUGCACAGAUCGUUUCUCUUCACAGGACUGUAUGCACCAGUGCCUUAGUGAUGAACCACAUGUAUAAAGUGGGCCGAAACGGAGGAAAGGUCUGACCGACCUAACACCUGUUUUAUCUCCCUGUAUCUAAAGCACUCGACAGUAACAAAUAUUUAAGGUUUUUCAUCGCAAUGUAGUGGAAGAACCUUUCCUGCUUUGUUCCUUUAUUUGAUUUCAUAUUGGGUCUUCUUUCAUUAGUUGCAGUUACACAAGAUUGGCUUGUCAAACUUAAGUUGUCGCAACUCAACAUUGUGCUGAUCGUCAACCAUUUCAAAGUUCAUGAUCAAGUUUGGGGCAGAGAGGUAGUGCGAUUGUAGAAACCAUUGCAGAAGACAGCCAUUUCCAUGGUUCAGUCCCGUGAUGGCUUUUUAAAUCAUACACAUUGUAUCAACUUGUGUGAUUGUAUGACGUAGUGACAAAUGUUUGUCUUCAUCCUCAGGUUUUGCUAGUGUGGUAUAAUUUUCUAGCGACAAGCGUUAAGUGCUUUUAUUUUGAGCAUGUACAUGUGCAGCAGCAGUUGAGAUGCAGUAGGUGUGGCCACGAUGAGCCGUUUCUGGGAUGACGGUCCCUCACGUAUUAACAGUAGGCCACAGCUGUCAUUAAUAAGUUGUUCACUCCAUGAAUGAGGUGGUUUUGUCACGUGACAGUUCAAUUUUUGUUAUCCAUUUUUAAGUUGUCACAUGAUGUAUAGGUGCAACUCAUCCCCCAUAGAGUUUGUAUUUUUUUCAACUCUUUUAUGAAACAUCCACAAGGGACGGUUAUCUUGCGUAGGAGUGCAUUUUUAUUGUGUAUAUGUUGUCAGUACAUUGUAUGUAUUUUUUUCCAAGUUCUAGCGACGCACAACAAAUUGGAUGUAGACAUACAUUUUUACCACGGCGCUUUACUUUUCUGCUUUAAGUACAUCUCCAGUCUGUUUUUGGCGGCCGUAGGUGUCAUGUAAUUGUAUGAUUUAGCAGUACACCUUCAUGUUUACACUGCUGCAUGGUUUUUGAAGAUGAUGCUGUAUAUGUUUGCUUCUAAUUUAAGCUAAAAUGAUGAGCAGCAGUUGCAUACCAAAAGUUUUAACCAAUAAAGUGAAUGUCAAACAUC